AUGGCGACUCCUCCCACCACGGUUUCGUCGUCGUCUUCUCCUGCGCGCAACUCGAUACAAAGCGUCUCUUCCUCUUCCGUCACAUCAAGUGCUGUUUUCGUUAUUAAUGCUCUUGAAAAGAUUGCCAAUGCAAAGGAAGCAAGGAAAAACAAAAACUUGAAAGAAGCAGUUCAGAAUGCUCAAACUAUGCUGAAAAACGAUGAAGCACCUCCGGCAGGACAAACCCGAUCCACGGUUAUUCUGACCGCUUUACAAUUGGCCAUUGAAACUCAUUCAGCACCACUCAUGACCAUUUCACUCGAUUGUCUUGGUAAAUUUAUUACCUAUAAUUACCUCGGUGACAUGGAAAACGAGGUGGCCCAGAUUCAAGUCAUGGAAAAAGUCGUUGACAGUAUCUGUGAUUGCUUCAUCGGUGAAGAAACCGACGAAAAGGUCCAAUUGCAGAUUAUCAAGGCACUGUUGGAUGCGGUGUAUUCAUCUAGCAACCCGUUGCAUCAGUCGUCCCUAUUGAAAGCGGUCAGGACCACCUAUAAUAUUUUCUUACUGUCUCGAAAUUCCGCUAAUCAGAACGUUGCGCAAGUCACUUUAACCCAAAUGGUCGAUCACAUCUUUCGCAGAAUCAAGAUUUACCCGCUUCAAUCCUCCCACGCUUCACGAAGUUCAUCCUCGUUGAAUAAUCUAUCUGCAACACCCACCUCCACCACCAAUUUAAGCACAGCCGUCACUUCUCCUUCUGAAAAUGGUGGUCACUCCAGCUCUACCGGCAAUUCAGCCGAUCCUUCCGCCCUCGAGGUCGAGGCCGAUGAUUAUCAGCAACAAAUGAUUACCGAAGCCAGUAUAGCACGCAGCGAAAUUGAUAAACGACUUCCAGUCGGCCGAGUGAAGAAUAACUCUGAGGAUUUCCUGAACGAUACCGCCAAUGUGUUCCAAGAUGAAGCCGUUGGAGAAACAACCUCGGCUGCAGCGCAAGACACCCGUACGCAACCCGUUAAUCCAACCUCCGAACCUUCCACCGACGAUCAUUCACCAGCAACCGAUGCAGACCGCGACACCGCCACUCCGGAUGUGAAUGCACCGGAGCCUUCCGAGAGCCAAUCUUCCUUUGAGAACGAACGGGUGCAGGUCACCGACGCAGAGACAGAGGCCGAUUACUAUAUCAAGGACGCCAUUCUAGUUUUUCGAGCUCUUUGUCGGUUGUCCAAGAAAGCCAAUGCAUCGGAAUGGAGCAACGAUAUGCGAUCUUAUUCCAUGCGGUCCAAGUUGCUUUCACUGCAUUUGAUUUUGACCAUCCUUACCUCGCAUAUGGAUGUUUUCACGUCAUCAGCCAUUGUAUUCUCUGCUCCCGCACAAAAUGGCGCUGUUCACCACCGUGUGAACCCAUUUAUACAAGAAGUAAAGCAAUACCUUUGUCCCAGUCUGGCACGCAACGCCUUUUCCAUGGUACCGCAGAUUUCCGAAAUCACUUUUGAAAUCUUGUGGAAGGUCAUCCAAGGGUUGCGCUUGUUCCUGAAAAAAGAGGUCGAGGUGAUUUUCAAGGAAAUCUUUCUUCGCAUUCUUGAAAUGCGCAACGCUUCGUAUCAGCAAAAAUUCUCCAUUCUCAAGAUUGUGUACCGGAUAUGCAGUGAUCCUCAAUCGCUCGUGGAUAUCUACUUAAAUUAUGAUUGUGACCGACAGGCCCUAGAUAAUAUCUAUGAGAGACUUGUCAAUGUACUCUCCAAAAUUACGACAUCUCAUACGGCACCCGGUAGCGCCAAAGAUCACGAAAGUCAUUCGAUGCCGGACGGAUUGAAUGUGCAACACGGUCUUCACGCUUCGUCCGUGGUCAUUCCUCCUCCUUUGACCACCGCCAACGUGCAAUCCAAUGAAAAGAACAAUACACUGAAUAUGAACAUGCCCGAGUCUGCGAUCAAGUUCAAAUCCUUGGAAUCCUUGGUCGCCGUGCUUCAAUCGCUGGUCACUUGGUACACUAAAGAUUCGGUCAGCGUAUCAGCGGAUUCGCAAAGCGAGGAUGAAGGCAACACGCCACGAGACAGUGAAGAUGCCAGCAGUCGUCACCGAGGAUCCAUUGACAAAUUUACCGCUCACAGCAAUUCUUCCGUUCCUCGUCUUUCUCCUGCCGCAUCGUCGGGUGCCAUCAACGGGACCAGUAGCGGUUCGGCCACCCCUCGAUUGGACGAUCCCGAACAAUUUGAAAAUCUCAAGCACCGAAAACAGCUGUUGCAAAAAGGCAUUCAACAGUUUAACUGGAAACCUAAAAAGGGUUUGCAAAUGCUGGAAAGAGGAGGCUUUAUUCAACUCGACAAUCCACAAAAUGUCGCUCAAUUCCUUUUCAACACCGAAGGCAUCAACAAAUCGGUAUUGGGAGAUUAUCUGGGAGAAGGAGAUCCGCAAAAUAUUGCCAUCAUGCACGCUUUUGUCGAUGAAAUGGAUCUCAGCAAUAUGGUCUUUACCGAUGCUUUGCGCCACUUUCUCCAAGGAUUCCGUUUACCGGGUGAGGCUCAGAAAAUUGAUCGUUUCAUGUUGAAAUUUGCCGAACGAUACGUCCACGGUAAUCCGGGCGUGUUUGCCAAUGCAGAAACGGCCUAUAUGCUGGCCUUCUCUGUGAUCAUGCUGAAUACGGAUCAACAUAGUCCGCACGUCAAGAGACGCAUGACGUUGAAUGACUUUAUCAAAAACAAUCGAGGUCUGGAUGAUGGCGCGGAUAUUCCCACGGAAUUGCUGGAGACGCUUUUCAACGAUAUUGUCAAUAACGAGAUCAAGAUGAAUGAUGAAGUGGAAGCGGAAUCGGCCUUGGUCACCGCUCCCGGUGGUGUGAGCGUGUUAGGCAUUACAGGUUUACAAAACGCGUUGGUCAGUGCAGGCAUUGCUCGCGAUGUGAAACGAGAAGCUUAUCAAGCGGCCACGGAAGAAAUGGGAUCAAAAACGGAAGCCAUGUUCAAAAAUAUGCUGGCCAGUCGACGCCGUGCCGGCGAAAACGAGACCAUCACCUUUUACAGUGCGUCUCAUGUGGAGCAUGUACGACCCAUGUUUGAAGUGGCAUGGAUGGCAUUUUUAGCCGGUAUUUCUGGUCCGCUUCAGGAAUCCGACGACCUUGAAACCGUGCAACUGUGCUUGCAAGGAUUCAAGUACGCGAUCCGCGUGAUCUGCUUGUUCCGUACCCUCCAAUCCGAAGACGUCGAACUUCAGCGGGAUGCGUUUGUUACCACGUUGACCAAAUUCACGUUCUUGUCCAACCUCAACGAAAUGAAACCGAAAAAUGUGCAGGCUAUUCGUACGCUUUUGGAAAUUGCCGCGGUGGAUGGUAAUUAUCUCAAGGGAAGUUGGAAAGAGAUCUUGUCCACGGUGAGUCAACUGGAACGGUUCCAGCUCAUAACGAGUGGUGUCGAUCAAGGCGUGACCGACGUGUCGCCACGACGACAACCGCAGCAGACUCAUCAAACCACCGCCACCGAGGGAUCUCGCCGCAUGUCCAACAUUGGAGGUCGACGAGCUGGUCGCAGUGCCACCCAGUUGUCCCUCACCGAAGAAGUCGCUUCAGCAGGUAGCUCACAAUCGUUGGUGCUGGCCGCGGACAGAUUAUUUACAGCUACGGUGAAUUUGAAUGGAGAAGCGAUCGUUGAUUUCGUACGCGCUUUAUGCGAUACUUCCUGGGAGGAAAUUGUGUCGUCGGCACAUAUGGAGCAUCCGCGCAUGUACAGUUUACAGAAGCUGGUGGAGAUUUCAUAUUACAACAUGAACCGUAUUCGUAUGGAAUGGUCCAAUAUCUGGAGUAUUCUGGGCGACUACUUUAACAAGGUUGGAUGUCAAUCCAACUUCAAUGUAGCGUUCUUUGCUCUGGAUUCGCUGCGACAGCUAGCCAUGCAAUUCUUGGAAAAAGAAGAAUUGCCUCAUUUCAAGUUCCAAAAGGACUUUUUGAUGCCAUUCCGCGAUAUUUUGGCCAACAAUCCUGAUGUGGCUAUCAAGGACAUGGUUUUACGUUGUUUAUCGCAAAUGAUUCUUGCUCGUGCACAUCAUAUCCGAUCGGGAUGGAAAACAAUGCUGUCCGUGUUUGCUACUGGAGCUCGUGAAACAUCUGAAUCCAUUGUGCAUAUGACCUUUGAUAUUGUUCGCAGUGCUACCAAUGAACGCUUCGUCGACAUUGUCACUAAUGGUACCUUCCCGGACUACGUGUCGUGUCUCGUCGAGUUUUCAAAGAACAAGAAAUUUCAAAAGAUCAGUUUGCCUGCUCUAGACAUGAUCAAGAAUACGAUUCCCAAAAUGCUCGACAUUUCCGAAAAGAACAAAACAAUGGAGAUCAACGAUGCUCAUGCCCAGUCGUCCAAUGCUACCCAAACCAGCGCCUCGGGAGACGAGUUCUUAGUCAAGUUUUGGUUUGUUGUGCUCUACGGUUUGAAGGAAGUGACGAUGCAAAGUGAUGACGUCGAAGUGCGCAAGAGGUCGUUGCAAUAUUUAUUUGAGACCUUAAAAGACUAUGGGUCCACCUACAGCCCCGAAUUUUGGACGACCAUUUCGCGACAAAUAGUGUUUCCUCUGUUCGAUGAUCUUCGCGCCAAUUCCGCCCAUCAACGUACCAUGUCCCCCGAAGAUCUCAGUGUCUGGCUGUCCACUACCAUGAUUGAAGCGCUUCGUAGUGUGGUGGAUCUGUACACGUUUUACUUUGAUCACAUGAAAGGCAUGAUGCCCCACGUAUUGGAACUGUUCCGUACAUGCAUCACACAAGACAAUGAUCCCUUGGCACGUAUUGGGUGUGAAUGCGUUCAGCAGUACAUUGAAGCCAAUGUCGAGAAAUUCGAUAUUGAAUGUUGGGAUCGUGUGACCGAUCUGUUUGUGGACUUGUUCGACAAAACUACCGCCAACGGUCUGUUUGAUGAUACCCAAGAUUUGGUGGAAAAGGUGCGCUCGGCCACCGCUGGAGCUGAUCCGGGAGCUUCAAACGGCUUGGAAGUUACCAGUGAUGGUGGGGCGGCCGGAUUGCCACCAAUCGAAAUCAACAGCGAACGUCAACAAAACUUCCAACACGUUAUUGUUCAGUGCGUAUUGCAACUCAUGUUGAUCCAGACCGUCAAUGAUCUGCUCAGUGAAGAUGCGGUCUAUUGCGCCUAUCCAGCUUCCCAUUUGAUGAAGUUGAUGGGCUGUCUUGGACAGUCCUUCCAUUUUGCAAAACGAUUCAAUAUUGAUAACGAUCUUCGUAUGGCACUCUGGCGAUUCGGUUUCAUGAAGCAGUUGCCCAAUCUUUUGAAACAGGAGACUUGCAGUGGUGGAUGUUACGUGUCGGUAUUGAUGCGCAUGUAUGCCAAUUUGGAAAACAUCAGUGAUCGUGAUGAACAGCGGGAAGAUAUCGAAAACAUCUUGAUACCGUUAUGCAAUGAGAUCUUUACUUUGUACACCGGGCUUGAUCAUGAAACCAAACCAAAGAACAUUGCUGCCUGGACACCUGUGGUGGUUUCAAUUUUGAACGGUUUAUCUCAGUUACAAGAUGAAGACUUUUUGCGUCAUGUACCGCAAUUUUAUCUGCCAGCCGUAGAACUUCUUGGUCAAGAAAGUCUGCUGCCAGAAAUCCGUAUUGCUCUUCGUAACCUACUAAUCCGAAUUGGAAAAACUUAUAAAAUCACUGUCCAGCCCUAA